GUUUUUAUUUGACAUUCGAUUUGUUUGCGGUGUUGUUUUUUUUUUAAAGCAUCCGUACAGGAAACCCAAUCGUAUCGAUUCGUUUUUCGGUAAAAUUGACACAAUAAGGAUGUCUUCGGAAACCAGAACCCGUGUGCAACAAAACGAUUUGCUUCUUCACGAGGCCGUGAUCAAGAAUGAGCCGACGGCUGUGAGAGAAGCGCUGAAGAGACCGACGGACGUCAACUGUAGGAACAACUACGGGAGGGCGCCAAUACACUGGGCCGCCAGCCGUGGGAACGUUGAAAUAAUCAACUUACUUAUCGAAGCCAAGUGCGAUAUAGAAGCUGCUGAUAAGUUCGGGAUGCGCCCGUUGCUGAUGGCGGCUUGGCAUGGCCAUCUAGACGCCGUGAAAUCUCUAGUCAAGGCAGGCGCCUGUCUCGCAGCUACUAACAAAAAGCAUAAUGAUCUCCUGCAAUGUGCGUGUGCCCGUGGCGCCCGCGAUGUGGCGGAAUACGCCCUGUCCCUCGGAGCGCGCGUGCAGACCGCAGACGUCGCUGGAGACGCCCCCCUCGCACAAGCUGCAAGAGCUGGACACGCGGCUGUCGUAGAACUACUCCUGGACAAGGGGGCUGAUAUCGAUGCAGUCAAUAAGAACGGUCGUACGGCUCUACACAUGGCUUGCGAAGGCGGAUACUCCUCAACUGCUAGUCUCCUGGUAUCACGAGGUGCGUCUAAGGAAGCCAGGGACAACGCCGGCAGGACACCAAUACACAUAGCUGCAGUUCACAGACACACGGAGCUCGUGAGGGUCCUUUUGGAGGCGGAAUGCUUCGUCGAUGCGGUUGAUGAUAGCGGUGUGACCGCGCUACAACUGGCGUGUGCACAAGGCUGCCGGGGCAUCGCGGAGCACCUGCUUGAGUUUGGCGCAAAUGUUCACUUACAGAAUAACGUAGGUUCCUCGGCUUUGCACGCCGCGUGCGCCGCCGACGCAAAUGACAUUGUGGAGCUGCUAUUAGCCAACGGAGCAGAUCCCAGCCUCACCGACCAGUGGGCCCGCUCCCCGCUGAGCGUGGCUGGUGGGGCGGCGGCCGACUCGCCUCCGGAAGGGUUCCGACGCGCCGCGCGAGGUUCAUUCUCCGCAAUACUGGACCUCCUUACCGCCACCACCAAUCUGGACCACCACAGCGAUCAACAUUCAGAGGGCGCCACCACUCCUCGCGCGGAGGACAAGUCCGGAGGACGCUCACCGGCCGCGCAUGAGGCCGCGGAGAUCGGCAGCGAGAGGUGAUGGUCGGCCGCCGCGCUGUUGGAGCGUCUCGCGCAGAGAGGACUCGCCGCCGACCCCCGCCUCGCCCUGCCGCCCACAGGGUGCGCCCGAUACCGCGAGCUGUGCUACCGCGCCGCGCACGCCGCGCCCGGGGCUCCGCUGGCCGUCCCCGGGGCGCCGCACACCUGCGACUGCCACAACUGCGCGGCCAGGCGGAACUCCACGCCGCCAUAGCUCACUCGCCGACCGCUACCCAGUUCCAGCGCUCAAUACAGUACUUUACUAUUACUGAUGAUACAGCAUGUUAAAGCCUUAGGGUCCUUUCACACCGAGCGGAUCUACACAGCUAUUACAGAGCUUUAGUGGUAUCAAAAUCCAAGUCAAUAUCUUUAUUAAUGUACUAGCUGUACCCGCCCGUUUCGCUGGGCAUUUAAAAUUAAAUCUCACCCCCACAAAGAUUCUCAUCAUUAACGCCC